AUGGAUGAUGAAUUAAAUGUAACAUAUGUGACUCUUGGUGGGCAUGUGGAAGUGGACAAAUACAGAUACCUUUAUUUUGUGAUUUUGUUCACAGUAUAUAUUCUGAUAAUCUGCAGUAAUUCUACUAUUGUUUAUCUGAUCUGGAUUCACCAAAACCUCCAUGAGCCGAUGUACAUUUUCAUUGCAGCUCUGUUAAUCAACUCUGUUCUUUACAGCACUGCGAUCUACCCGAAGCUGCUGAUUGAUUUCUUAUCUGAGAAGCAGAUCAUAUCUUAUUCUGCCUGUCUCUUUCAGUUUCAUGUGUUUUAUUCUUUCGGUGGUUCAGAGUUCUUACUGUUGGCAGCCAUGUCUUAUGACAGGUAUGUGUCCAUCUGUAAACCUCUGCAAUAUCCAACUGUCAUGAGAAAAACAACAGUUUGUAUUUUCUUACUCUUAGCUUGGAUUCUACCUGCCUCUCAGGUUGCAGUCCCAGCUGGACUGAGUGCUAAUAAAAAACUCUGCAGCUUUUCUUUAAAAGGAAUUUUUUGUAACAACACAGUUUAUAAACUUCAAUGUGUGGUCUCAAGGGAACAAAUUAUACAUGACAUGAUCAUUCUGCUAAAUGUUGCACUUCUUCCGAUGCUCUUCAUCCUCUUCACAUACACCAGGAUACUGAUAAUAUCCUAUCGAAGUAGUGGAGAAGUGAGGAGAAAAGCUGCACAGACCUGUUUACCACAUCUGAUCGUUUUAAUCAAUUUCUCCUGUUUGUGUGCAUAUGAUGUCAUUACAGUCCAGCUUGAAUCUGAUUUUCCAAAGACUGUACGUUUACUCAUGACAUUACAAAUAAUAAUGUAUCACCCUCUCUUUAAUCCAAUCAUAUACGGACUAAAAAUGAGAGAAAUCUCUAAACACCUCAGGAGGUUGUUCUGUCCAGCCAAAAUAAGAUGA